UCAUUACGGAGAAAAAGGGGGCAAUAAAAGGCACAACAAUUCACAGAUUGUUUCGGCAAAGCGUUAGGCUGUGUUUGUUUGGUGAAAUUAAUAGUAGAGAGAGCAAGAGAGACAACCAACAAUGGCGUGGAGGGGCAAUCUAUCAAAGAACCUCAAGGAGCUUCGCAUACUCUUCUGCCAAUCUUCAUCUGCCAGUUCAUCAGCCAGAUCAUUUGUGGAGAAGAAUUACAAGGAUCUGAAGACUUUGAACCCCAAAUUGCCAAUAUUGAUCCGUGAAUGCAAUGGGAUUGAGCCUCAGUUGUGGGCAAGAUAUGAUAUGGGUGUUGAGAGGGGUAUUCGUUUGGAAGGCAUGACAGAACCACAGAUCUUGAAAGCAUUGGAGGACCUUGCUAAAGUUGGUGCAGCUCUUAAAACUUGAUGUUGCUGCUGCUGCUGCUGUUGCUGUUGUUGGCUUCCCUGAAAUUAAAUAAAUUGAUGAUGUCACAUGGAAUUUCGUCAUUGGAUGAAACUAACCCGACUUUUUUGUCAUUCUAUGAUGAAUAUUCUCAAGACGAGUACUCUGCAUUGUUGCUUCUUUAAUCCUGAUUAAUACAUGUACCAGCAAUCCUGUUUUGUAACUUUCACCAGAUCUAUUCUCAGUUAAGUUAAUUGCUUUGCUCUGUUUGGCAAUGACAUUUUCACAACCUUGGAAGUUUUCUCCGCUGCAACAAUCAAUAAUGUUCUCAGAUC